ACUGCCCUUGACUCGUAAUGGGUUUCUUUUCCUCUGACUGACUGGGAUUCCCGCACCAUUAAAGGUUUUGCCAUGCCCUUUAAAACACACGGACAAAAGAUGUAGACAACAAAGGGUGUCAGCCCAGUACCGCUGUUUCUCUUUGCAUGGUUACCAGACUUCUUGUUGCUCCCUGUAGUAAGAAAAGGUUGUCAGAUGUUUACUAAGAGGGCAUCGCCGCAAUGGGCGGUUGCAUGCGUGUUACCUUGGACUCCCCUUGGUUUCCCCUAUUCAUGUGCGGAAUCUCAUUGUUGGCAGGGACAUCAUUCAAGCUGGUGUUUUAAGGCUGGAGGGAGGCUCUCACUUCAUUAGAGCUGUGUUUCGAGGGUUGGAGUAAGAGUGGGUACUACGUCUUGGGCUGACAGCGAGCUCUGCUGAAUAGAGCCAGGAGAUUCACAGAUUUGGGCGAGAGGGCCAAAAAGAGAGUGGGGAGUGCAUGAAGUGCUGCGCUGUGGAGGAACCAGAAGGAGACGUCCUGGAAGAUGGCACCUGCCAGUUUGGUGUUUGCCUGGUUGCUGUUCACCAUGAGGAUGGUCACCUCCGCUGUCUAUCUGGAGCCUGAGGAGGAGGAGCUCAAUGAAACUGUCAUUUGUACCAACGACCAUAUGGAGGUUGUUAUUCCCAGUGCCUUUUUCCUCAACAAAAUACCUCCCGUCUAUAUUUGGGAUUUGCAUUUAAACGAUCCGGAGUGCCGUGGUGUCGAGGUUGGAGAAGACUACGUUUUCAGCAUCAAGACGAAUCUCUCCGACUGUGGAACUAUAAUGGCCUCAGACGACACACACAUCAUGUUCAUAAACACCAUACGCAACAACGAAACAGAUGUAGUCACCAGAAGCUACAUUAACAUAACAUUUGUGUGCCGCUACCCCAUCAACUACAUGGUCCAACAGCCCAACGGUGAAAACAUGAUCAGAGUGGAUGUCAGGACCAUCACUCUGAACACAGAAGACGGCAACUUCUCAGUGUCGAUGUUGCUGUAUAAAGACGCGGCCUUUGAGGACAGAUGGACCACGGUGCCGUCCCUGACCCUGGACGACGACAUCUUUGUGAAAGUUUUCAUGAUACCGGCUCACUUGAUGUUGCGGAUGGAGAGAUGCUGGGCUACACCAACCAGUGACCCGUACAGCAACAUUCAGUACACCUUCAUCAAAGACAGCUGCCCGGUGCUGUCAAACGAACAAACACUGACCGUGCUGAAGAAUGGCCAAGGUCCAGAGGCCAUGUUCAGGAUACAAAUGUUCAAGUUUGUGGGCAGCUCCUACACUGACGUCUUCCUGCACUGCAAUGUCCAGAUCUGCCACAACACACCAGGGGUCUGCCAGCCUAACUGCUCUGGUGAAGAUGUAUUAGGGAGGACGCGGAGAGACAUCCCUCUGUCCCAUACAGUGUCUUAUGGACCAAUCAGACGACUUCUGGGUGACAGUGACAAGCCCGACCCAAAUGCAGGAGCAGUGCCCCCCGUGGAGACCUUUGUCCUCGGAGGCCUGCUUGUUGUCCUGCUGCUGAUCACAGGGGUGUUUGGGAGGCUAUGGCUCCGCUCCAGACGGUCCUAUCCAGCACAGGAGGCACAGCUCACCCUGUCCAACAUUCACCACAUCUCUGAGGUGGCCUCAUGAAAUGAAAUCAGGGGCCCUUGUAAACAAAUGGACAGACAAACAGACAGACACACACACACACACACACACACACACACACACACACACACACACACACACACACACACACAUACACACACACACACAAACAACAAAAACACACCACUGUGAUUUAUGAUAUCACUUCCUUUUCCAAGUCCUUGCAUAUACUUCUUUUAUGAAAA